GUUAGAUACUUCCAGUAUAGAGAAGAGAACUCAGAGUUCUUUAUGUUAGAUUUCUGCUACUUCAUGAACCUAUCUGUCAUUGUUCAGACGGCUUUCUUCCCUAACUCUCUCAUGUGGUUUAAGGCUAACUAUGUGUUGUGUAUGGGAUGUUUAAUGCUUGCUAUUCUGGUCUGGCAAAACAGUUUAGUUUUUCACAGUUUGGACAAACUAACCUCUUUCUUUCUGCAUGCUUUCCCACCUCUUACCCUUCAUUUGUACAGGUGGCAGCUGAUUCCUAGUGAUGCAAUCAAGCUCGAUGAUGUUCUUACAUUUAACGAAGUUGUGUUCUGGCCCAUGAUCCUUUACAGUGUCUGGCAAGGGAUUUAUCUGUUCCUUACCGAAGUUGUCUGGGCAGAUAGACUACAAAGAGAUCCAGAUUUAAUCACUUCACACAGGUAUCUGAUCAAAGACAAGAAGAAUGGAAUGAAUAAGCUAGUACGAAAAGUAACAAUUGCUCUGGGAAUAAUUGAAAAAACAGAGGAAUUUACUGACGGGCCUAAGUCCAAGAUAUUGUUUAUGUUGAGCCAACUGUUGUACACCCUGGUCACCCUGGCCUUCACCCCCAUACUCUACACCACCUACAGUUUCAGUUUUGUGUAUAUUGUUGGUAUAUACAUGUGGUGUGUUUGGCGAGGUGGAUCCUACUAUAUAGAAGUAUUUAGUGAAAGAUACAAAUUCAAGUUUCUUAAGACUGAUGAUUUCACACACGAGACAAGUAGCUCUGAACAUUUUGAAGAAGCGUUUGAGGAUCCAGAACUAUUUAAUCAAAUAUAUUCUGUGCUCAAGGAAGCUGAUGGAACAAAUGGUUGUGUCAGCAGCUCAAUCAGUAGUUUUACUGAGGGAAGCAGCAUCAGUAGCAGCUUCAGUGCCAUGAGCAGCAAAACCACCAUGAGCAGUAGCAGCACAGUAACUAAACGAACCAGUUCUAGGGUUCAAGAGUCAAGUCAGGAAACAAAAGAGCCUCAAACUGACUCAGAUUGACCCUAAGAGACUGGUCACGGGGGGUGAUAUUGAUUUUGGCGUACUUUGUUUACUUUGAUAAUGUCUAAAGCUUGUAUUUAUUUUAUUCAUAUUUUUCGAUCAAUACAAUUAUAAUCACAA